AUGGCGUGGCCGCUUCCGCGCCGCCGGUGUCUAGUCGCGUCAGUGAGGGGCGGCUUGCAAGUUGCGGCCGAGGAGGGCAAGGCGGUGGUAGGCGUCGUCGGUGAGGGGCAGGGGGACGCCUCGCGGAGCUCCUCGAUGAGCGAGGGCACGGGCUGGAGCUGUUGGGGCGCUACUGUUGCUGCUGCUUCAGCAGGCUGUGCUUCAUUCCCUGCCUCCCUCCGUUGUUGCCUGAUGGCGCACGCGAACGCGGCCGGCGAGCACCAGGCCCUGCCCGCGCUGGCUCCCUCCCCCUACAGCCAUGGCGUGGCCGCUUCCGCGCCGCCGGUGUCUAGUCGCGUCAGUGUGAGGGGCGGCUUGCAAGUUGCGGCCGAGGAGGGCAAGGCGGUGGUAGGCGUCGUCGGUGAGGGGCAGGGGGACGCCUCGCGGAGCUCCUCGAUGAGCGAGGGCACGGGCUGGAGCUGUUGGGGCGCUACUGUUGCUGCUGCUUCAGCAGGCUGUGCUUCAUUCCCUGCCUCCCUCCGUUGUUGCCUGAUGGCGCACGCGAACGCGGCCGGCGAGCACCAGGCCCUGCCCGCGCUGGCUCCCUCCCCCUACAGGUAUGAGGGGCCUCACCCGGCCGUCAGCCUACAUCGCACUCUGAUCUACCAAGCGUCCACCUCAAUGACACCCAGCCGGAACAACCACAUCCACGUACAUGUUGUGGACAAGCUCUCCAUGACUCCAACGUUUCAUGAAGAUAUAGCUACUGGGCUGGGCAUCAAGGACCUGAACAUGCUGUAGGAGAAAAACAUGAAGAUCCACAAGGAAGAGGCAGGUGAUGUGCUCCGAUUACUUCUACCAGGAGUUUUGACCGCUGAUCAGUUUUUUUCUGUAACUCAUGCCAUACUAUGGUUAUUUAUUUUGUAGAUGUGUCAUACAA